CGGUGAAGUUUGUAUCAUCUGGAGGAGAGGUGUGGGGAGAAAAGUGGUCUGUUAUCCGAAGGAAGUUCGGGACGUCAACCGUCACGGGGGAAGAGACGAAGCUACCUCUAGGGAAGGCCAAACAACAACUCGAGUGAGGAGGCAUGUUCAGGGUGUCGCCGGUAGUGAAAACCGAGAAUGCAAGACACGGAGGGAAAGGGUAUCUGAGGCAGCUACUGGAGAUGCCACGAAAGCAAGCGGAGCUUAAGCACUUCGAUCUUACGAAGCUGGUCUUCUUGUACAAGUGCGCUAGAGAGUUCAAGACCAAGAUUACAAGAAGGACGUUGAAAGAGAAGAUAACAGCAAAGAUCAGAAACAAGACGGGGGUGAAUGUCAGAUUGAAGGUCAAUGUGGGGGUCAAGUAUAGCCACCGGCUAAAGAAGAGGGAGAUCCACGACACGGUUGUGUUAUGUGUGGAGAAGAGUAGAAUUCAUCCGGUACUCAAGAAACUGGUGCGGAACCGUGUGAGAGUGGUGCGGAAGAAGAACAACACGGUUGAACAGGUCUUGACCAACCACAGGAAGGUGGCUAGGGGAACGAUGGAGCCGUGUACGUGCAGCGGUGACCGGCUGCCGAGGGUGGAUGGACACGUGAUGGCUCGUAUUGCGCAGUGCUCAGAGGUUCCACCAUUCCUACACAAUGGAAAGAAUGUACUGCAAAGUGAUCUGGGCACGAGUUCAGCAGAAGUACAGCAAGGGGUUGUGAAAUCCCUAGAAGCAGUCAUGAGGAGAGAUCUAUAUCAGGUAGAGGCACUGAGCACUUUUCAGGAGAUCGUCUCGGACCGUACUAAAGCAAGGCCAGCAUGCUCGGAGGAACAAGCACGGGAGAUAGCGGCGAAGGUGAGCCACCUGGUAGUGGUCCCGGUGGACAGGAAUCCAGGGGAUCUAGUGGUCAUGUGCCCAUCGACGUACCACCAUGGUCUCCGGAUGAUGUUUAAUCAUAACGUCGCGUACCAGCAAGUACCGGAGACGUCCGAGAAACAAGUGUUGGGGCAGAUGAGGAGAGAGUUCAAAGAUCGAGCUCUCUGCAAGUUAGGAGCUUGGAAUCCAGCAGCCAAGCUAGGGCAAGCGUACGUUAUGCCAAAGCAUAAGGACCUGACAAGGUGGAGACCUAUAGCACCCGCAAAUGCAGACGGUUCAAGGACCGCGGGGAGAAGACUAGCACGUGCACUGAACUUCCUGCUGGAGAAAGUCCCUAAAGCUAAGCACUUCAAUGUGAAGGCCACGACGAUGCUGAAACAGAACUUGGAAGGGGCGGGAAAAAGACUGAGUAUUUUCGGAGAAAGGACGACGGCCCUGAUGGCUAGCUUUGACAUCAAGGAGAUGUUCACGUCGCUGCCACAUGAGGCGAUCCAGCAGGCAGUCGAGUGGCUGCUGAGACAAUGGGAGUCGAGAGGGGUGAGCAAACUUAGCCUGAGCAGACGGGGUCGAGUGGUGGCCAUUAGCAAGAAGAGCUCGGGACCAGGCUACGUGGAAGUCAAAUUCUCUCAGAUCAGACAGAUGGUCAAGUAUGAGCUGGAAAAUGCAUACCUUCAAUGUAGGAAGACGAUCCUGAGACAGGUGGUGGGGAUCCCUAUGGGGAAGAAUUCCAGACCCGCGCUGGCAUGUAUACUGUGCGCGAAACACGAGGUCGACUUCAUAGGUUCGCUGGGAGCAGAUCGGAGGCUGGUGCACGGGGUCAGGCUGGUAGAUGAUGUCACACUGGGAGUUGUGUGCGACAUGGGUGACAUUCGGAGUGUAUCGACAGCAAGGUACAUCUGUCAGAAAUUCGUAAGCACGUAUGGGGAGCAGCUAGUAGUAGUAAGGACAGAUGACGGGCCUAGCUCCUGGGACUUCUUGGGAGUCAGAGCUACAGUGAUACCAGGACCCGUCAGGUUUAUCAUCCGCCCCAAGCAUAAAAAUCAGGGGGCCACAAUUGAGGAUCCCCUCCUUCAGAUGCGUCCAGGAUUUUUCCUCGUAUUUAGAUAAGCGAGUGAAGGCGGGCACGGUGAUUGCCGCGCUUCACAGGAUCAGGCAACAUUCUAGCGACCCAGCAUCGGGGGUCCGAGCGACACUUUCCAUCAGCAUAGAGCUGGGGUGUCAGGGGUAUCCCCCGACGCUCUUCUCCAAUUCUCUGGCGGUGUUUACCAAAGCCACCGGCACGUUCGGCGCAGCGUUGAAGACGCUAGCCGAACAAACGGUUAAGUUACUA